ACAGUUUGCCGCGCGUUGCCGACCAAAAACUACCAUCGUCCGGAAAACUCAAAGCAAAACGUGCCAACAUUUUCGACAACUCUUUGAGACACAGUAACCUUUUUUUACCAUAAUGUCGAAACCACGCCAAUUCCUCACUUGAACUCAGCCAUGAACGAGAUCCUCGUCAUAACCGACUUGGUGACUCAAGCCUCUCUGAAGAACUCCACCGACAAUCCCAACGACACGUCCGAGGCGAUCCACAUAUCCAACAACUACGCGUACUCUCUCCAGCCGACAUGGGCGAAAAACUCUUGGCUCCUCUGCUUCCUGCUGACGGUCAAGACCACCGUGAUGGCCCUAAUCAUAAUCGCCGCGUUGUUCGGCAACCUCCUAGUGAUAGUUUCAGUGAUGCGCCAUCGGAAGCUGCGCGUUAUCACCAACUAUUUCGUCGUGAGCUUAGCUCUGGCCGAUAUGCUGGUCGCAAUUUGGGCGAUGUGUUUUAAUUUCAGUGUGGAGAUCACGGGCGGUAGAUGGAUAUUUGGCUACUUUAUGUGUGACGUGUGGAACUCUCUGGACGUGUAUUUUUCGACAGCGUCUAUUUUACAUUUGUGUUGUAUAAGUGUGGACAGAUAUUACGCCAUCGUGCAGCCACUCGACUAUCCCUUGAUCAUGACGAAUGCAAGGCUUGCGGUCAUGCUGGCAGUCGUGUGGUGCAGUCCGGCUUUAGUGUCCUUCUUGCCCAUAUUUAUGGAGUGGUACACGACCGAGGAACAUCUACAAUUCAGGAGGAAGCAUCCUUACAUAUGCACCUUCACAGUCAACAGGACCUAUUCAGUUAUUUCUUCGAGCGUCAGCUUCUGGGUGCCCGGCAUGGUCAUGAUAUUCAUGUACUACAGAAUUUAUGUGGAAGCCGACAGGCAAGAGCGGAUGCUCUACCGGAGUAAAGUAGCAGCAGCCCUGCUCAACAAACACCUGCAAAUCAACGGAAUAUCGGCAGGACUAACGGCGCUUCGUCAAUCGGUAGACGCAGGACUCGAAUCCGAAAAAACUCCUGAUCCUGGAACUAGCAGCAAAAUGAAACGCGAAAGAAAAGCUGCCAGGACUCUAGGCAUCAUCGUGUCGGCCUUUCUAGCUUGCUGGCUUCCCUUUUUUCUGUGGUACGUGAUAACGUCUCUAUGUGGUUCGAAACGUUGCUACAGUCCCCCGUCGGUGAUCACUUUAGUUUUCUGGAUCGGUUACUUCAAUUCGGCUUUGAAUCCACUAAUCUACGCCUAUUUCAAUCGCGAAUUUCGGGUGGCUUUCAAGAAAACGUUACAGAGUUGCUGCCAACUGAGCUCCAAGUUGGUCUGUUGGAAAUGGCCGAGGUCAAGGGGCGAUCAUCAGGUGAAUUACAGCAACGCGUCGAGCGAGAUGCACGUUAAUAACCAUCUCAGGACUGACUUACGAGCCGAGGGUAUGGCGCAAAGAUUCAGCUAUAACAUUUCCGAAGGUGAAAUUAUUAAUUUGCAAAGUGAAGACGCUAUUUAAGCGCUGAGGUUUUUUGACAUAUCAAAGGAACUCGAGUGCAUAGAAGGUAAAGUGUGGAGUUUUUAAUUAAGGUUUUUUAAAGCGUCUCAAAGUGGGUUCUUAUUUGAUCUGUGCUCAAACCCUCUAUGCACUUCCUCCGAAGGGAACCAGUCAAUAAAUCAAUAACACGGGACUAUCAUUUUUAAGUAUACGAUCAUUAAUAUUUGAUGGUUAAAUUGAAAAGGGUUAUUUGUUAGUUUCUGCGCCGAAAAGUUACAGACAUGCGACUUCGCGUCGUAAUAUUUAAUAAAGUUUUGAUUGACGAAACAAGGCACAAAGUUGUUGAAAUUAAAUCUCUGAUUUAAGGCGCAUCACCGUAUAAAUUUAACAAAGACAAGACGCUUGCAAUACUUCGAGUAACACAAUUAAGCGACUUACACGCUUGUUUACGGUUCCGCUUAUUUUACAAAAUAUAAAUUUCCUCUCGAGUUUUUGUGCAACAAAAUAUUGGUAUUAACGCUUGAACAUUGUUGCAAAACUAGAAAUUUUCUGGCCUCCAGUUCGUAGUUUCCGAGUCUCUAGAGCGUUAGACAUUAAGUGGUGUUUCAAAACCGGGGAUCCAUUAAGCAGUCUAUUUUACCGAGCCAGUUAUACACUCAUAAUGGCUAUAUUAGCAUACCAAAAGGACGUGGAGGCCAGCCACCGACGCGAACACAAACAACCCUGAAUCGCUGUAACAACAAACUUAUUACAAUUAAAAUCGUUUUCAAUAAAAGUGCUGUGACAGCGAAAAAUAGGUCGCGUUGUCAUUAUUCGUGCUCAUUGACGUCUUAAAAAACAGUCUUCGGUGACGUUGAGGUGACGUCUGUGGACGUCAUUUAUCGACCAUUCAUUGUCCUAGUGACCACACUCAACCCACGAUUCUUCGUCCUUAAGUUGAGAGGCCUCAUUUUUCACCCACCAAGUUCCAUCCGAGUAAUUAGAGUUAUUGUCAACAUCAAAAGCACCUCCAUCACCGUCGAUUUAGUUAUCAAACUUGAGCUAAUUUUCGAGUCUCUGUGUUUCAAUGAAAAUGUCGAUUGUUGUGGAGACUAGAGGUCAGGUCACGCGUGACAAAAUAUGGGGCUCAAGGUGGUGGGUUACGGCAGCAUGCGAACAUCAUUAUGGGCUUUACGUUAUGAUUUAGUGGUAUAAUACCUGUCCGAGGAGUUUCCUGAAAAUGCCUUCUCGUCGAGAACGUGCUCGAAUUAAUAUUUUAAUAGAGCGCGAUCCUCAUCGAUUGUGCUUUAACGCAUUUAUAGAAAAAUUGAUAGCGUGACCGAAAUCGUUACUAUUCUGAUCGAUUCCGCUUAAAUAUUUAUAAGGCCGUGCUCUUGAUGGCAACUGAAACUAAUAAAUAAUCCAUUCAUAUAACGUUCUAUACUUAGAAUAGACACUUUGAGUGGUUGUCUGAGCUUCUAAGUUGUAAAAACUAUCCGUUACCUGUAGUUGUUUCAUAUCAGAUAUAGCAAGAGAAAACGACCAAGACGAGAACAAUCCUUAGAAGUAUCUUAAAGUUAAGUAAAACUCCAAUCAUUGUUGUACGAUUAACCCUUUAAUAAAUGUAACACCAACAAGUGUAUAGAAUGUAACGUAACUACAGUGUACAAUCAAAGGCGUGUGCCUAAAAAGCAGCACUUUUCAGGCACACCUUGCUGUUUUUUUCGUUUCAUGGACGGUGCAAAAUGGUAAGUUAUAUUAAAAAAGUACCAUUUUGUCAAACCAACAACUGUUAGGUGUAUCGUCAUAUACUAAACGUCCAAAUAGCCAUUAAGACCUAAUGUAUUGAUUCGUAUGGAUUGUAUCAAAUAAUAACGACCAUAUUAUUUCACCUUCCGACUCAUCCAACAUUAAACCCAUCAUAAUUUGUAAUACUUAUUACCUUAUAAAUUUGUGAUACACAAAUAAAGCAAUCGAUUUGGAAAUUGAUUUCAACUAAAGCGAUUGAAUUUCGUUAUUACAUGAAAAAUUGUGUACAAUUUGGUUUAAUUGCCAAGUGAAUUUAUGUCGAGAAUGUAUUUAUUUUUAAAUAAACGUUGCAAAAGUUAAAAUCGA